UGACCCGCUUUGCUCUCCGUAGCGCAGUGCUGCGAUUUCCUCAUUGUGUUUGUUAUAUUGUAUCGUUUUCAUGUGGAGAGGGAGAUAUCCGCAAGUCAGCGUUCGGGUCGCCGACACUAAUCUGUGCUUAAAAACAUCAACCUGAAACCCGGCUGAAAUUUACAGCCCGUCAUAUAGAUUCAAUACCCUGCCGAUCGAAUCUGAAAACAGUACAAUCAUCGGCAACAUGGCUGAUCUAAGUAUUGAUCAGAAUAAAUUACCUGGCGUGAAAGAAGUGUGCCGGGACUUCGCUGUGCUGGAGGAUCAUACCCUUGCCCACAACCUGCAAGAACAGGAGAUUGAGAAUCACCUGGCAUCAAACAUCCAGAAGAGCCGGCUGGUGCAGUAUGACCUGCAGGUGGCGAAGAGAAUGCAGGAUGAAGAGGACAAGAGGGCGUGGGCUCGCAACCAGAGACACCAACGAGACAUAGUGCACAGCGAUAACGAGAUCGCACAGGAGAUUCAGGAGCAGCUGGUGAAGCAGGCCCUGGAUAAACGACAGCAGGAGGAGAAGGACGAGGCUAUCGCUCGCAGACUUCACGAGAAGGAGCUGAAGGAGGAGAGGAAGAGGAAGAAGCAGCUUCAGGAUGUGCCUUAUGAAGACCGCUACUAUGAAGACAACGGAGACCACGUCCGAAACAGACAUCAGGAGCGUGGGCCACAAGAGUCAGAGAGGCCACACAGACACAGACACAGGCACCGGAGCCGGGAAAGAGACCCCGACCCCCAGGCGGAAUCCAGAGCGUCCCAGUCCACCUUCUACGUGCACGACGCCGAACCUACCAGGGCUCCCCACCACAGACACGAACUGCAGGAGCCCGAGAGGGAGCGAGACACGAGGAGGAAGGAGAGGCCUAGUAGACCCCCGCCACCCAACCACAGCAAGAACCACAGCAGGGAACACAGACAAGAACGUGGCAGGGAGAUCAGACGUGAUCACAGCAAGGAACAGAGAGGAGAUCACAGCAGGGACAGCGCGCCACGCCGUAGCAGGGACGCUAGCCGGGAACAGCGGACUAGUGAGAGCUACGGGGCCUCGGCUGGCCUGAGCCGACGCUGGUCUGGGGAGGAGCACAGUGGAAGGGAGGGGAGGGAGGACAGGCAAAGGCUGCCCUCUGGGUGCGAUGAGGUGUUCCAUGAUCCGAGCUCCAGACACUACACGAGGGACGCCAGGACAGAGCCCUCGUGUCGAGCUCAGGAGAGGCACGGAACACGCUCGCAUUCCAGUGAGGACUGGCCAGAGAACCGUCCCCACCACAGAGACCAGAGAGGGAGGAAACCCUGGGGGGAGUACGGGGUGCAGGAGGUGAUUCAGGGAGUCACUCGACUCGACAUCCGAAGCAGCGAGCUGACAGACCUGGAGGUAGCCAUGAGGCUGCAGGAGGAGGAGCUAAAGGCUAGCAACUUAGACAAGAGGGCAGCCCAGAUGGCACAGGAUGAGGAAGUUGCCCGGCUAUUGAUGGAGAAGGAGAAGAGACUGCACGUAAGGUCGAGGGAUCGGGAAAAGGGGACUAUGGAAAUGAGACGACAGGAGCCGGAAUGGAAGCCGGAGCAAGGAGAGGCGGUGAGGCCGCGAUCCCGGGAAGGCUACGAGCUCCAGAGACCGAGGAAUGACAAGCCGACUAGGCCGGCUCGACCCACGGGUGACUAUGAAAACAUUGAUGCCAGCUACAGAAACACAGGCUCCCCCUGCUCGCCUCGACCCUCCUCCAGGUCUGACGCAGCAUAUAAAGGUUCCUAUUCCAGGCAGUGAUCUCGGUUCCGUGCUCACUCUCCUUUGUAAGCUGUGGAAGAAUAAACCCGAUGUGGUUUCCUGAACAUCAUUUUUUUUUUUUUUUUUUUUUUUUUUUUUUUUUUAAGAUCGCUGUUGACAUUCCAUUGCUGUCUAGUUCUGGGAACACUGGGGAGAAAAUUUGUGAAGUGAAGUGACAAUUUGGGAAGCAGACAUAAAAUUAUAUAUAUGUGAAAAUGUUGUGAAAUGUCUGAACAGACUGAUGCCUGUCAAACGUUCUUGUGUGAAAAAGCAUGCAUGCACUGUGGUCUUUUUAUACAGUUACAUUUCUGUGUGUUGUUUUGUAGGGCAAAAUUGUUUGGUGUGUGGAGUUAUUGCAGGGUUAUUCAGAAGCAUGGGCGAUGGGUAAUGACCAUUCAGCAUGUGAAAGCCAAUAUAUCCGCAGUGAAAUCCGCUGGAUCACGAUGGGCAUGGCUGCUGGUGAGCAGACUGAACAUUCACACAGCCAUUGCGGUUUGCACUUCUGAACAGCCCAGCCAGGCUCAGUGAUUGUAGCGGUAUGACAGUUCUACUUCUCACAUUGCCUGACCUGGCUUGAUUUCCAAUCACAAAGCCUGCUUCAGUGUGAGGACAUAUCCAUGCAUUUCAAAUUCUCGUAGCGUCCAACGCCAACACCUGUUCUCAGCUGCGAAUAGUUUUGUUUCAUAGCAGGGACACAGUCUGACUGGAGCACCCUUCAGCAGUCUUCAUAGGAAUAAGCAUGGACCAGCUGACUACAAAACCCAGCACACAAAUGCGGUGUGAGGCAGAACAUUGGGAAUUAAGAGAAAACCUGAACUGAAUGCUUCAGAUUUACAAUGACUUGUAACUAAUGCAUCCCUUUUUUACUCCCGCUACGAGUAAUAAUAUCCUUUGACGUCGCUGGUUACCUUCAUGCUUUUCAGCAGUUGCAAACAGAUUUUAUUUACAAACAAAAGCCCUUGUCAGGGAUUGCUUCUUACAGACUAAAGGAAUUUGUACAUGACGUACAGCUCAGAAAAGGUUUGCAGUUAAUCUUACAGAUUUACGUCCUGCCAUCAUUUCUCUGGUCUCGCAUUGUCCUAUACAAAAAGAUGCACAUGUCUUGCAUUCAGGUUCACUGCUGUGUUGUAAAUGUCCUUUACUAUAAUGUUACUCAUUGUAAAUUCUUUGAUUGAUAACUGGACCUCCCACUUGUAGCUAAAAACAGUAGCAUCUUAGUUGCACGCAAUAUGAAAGAAACCAAGUGCUGGAUUGUAAACUAAGCACCCUCCAAUGUGAUCACUGUCCUCCAUGAUCUUGUGUCUUGCAUAUAAGAUUACAGGAUACUGUAUAUCAGCUUGUUUUGAUAUUUUAAAUCAUUAUUGUUCAGGGAUGGAAAUAAGACUCCUAAUGCAUAACAGUGUUCUCAGUUUCAUGUUUUAAUAUGAACUUGAUUAGCCACAGUGUAUAACUGUCAAGCUCAGGUGUGUCUUGUUAAAUAGUAAAACCAGGAACUGAUCAAACCGCUAUGCAAUGGGAGUCUUUCCAUCCCUGUUACUAGCAACUUUUGCGCAAUUGUAAAAUAUUUAUUUGAGAUAUUUUUUUACCAGACCAUUUUAUUUUUUUUUAUUUUUAUUUUUUUAUAUAUAUAAAAGUAUUUUAUUUGUGAAGUCUUAACAUUGCCGUUUCUGAUCAACUCCGCUGAAAUUGUUGGUGUUGGUUUUGCAUGGUAUGAGUCGAUACAGAAUCAUUGCCUCUUUGUGUGAUUGUUUAUACUUAACCCGAAUAUGCUGUAGAAAGAUGAAAAACUUCUCAAACAUUGUGGGUUAAGGACAAAUUGCAUUUAAAUGACCUCCUAAGUGUACAAUCAGUGUUUCUUAUAAAUCGUGAACUGUUUUCUGCCCAUGAAAAAGGAGAAAAUAUGAAAAAGCAGCACAGAGCAGUGCCAGAGCCAAACUGUACAGUUACGCAAAUACAUCGGAAAUGUGUUAUUUUUUUGCCCGCUAAACUAACCUUUAGAAAUAUCAGUGAAAAAUAAUGUGUAAGUAAUGCAUGUUGGAUAAUCUGCAAUGGCGAUGGAAUGUGCUUGAGAUAAGGUGUGAUAAUGCGCCUGCUUUUAUUUCUUUUUAAACAAAUGGCGCCAUCUAGUGUUGAGCUGUGGAACUCCUCUGUGGAGCGGUCACCUCUUCUAUUCCAAAGUCAUUGGCAAAAGUGUAUUCACAAAGGGGAAGCGUUCUAAACCAGACAUGAGCGGCUCAGACAGUGCGGUUUUACUCGUGUCAUUCAAAAAAAGGGUUGUGUUCUUUCAGAAUCCAUUUGGAGUAAAAAGGCUUUGCUAACGAAGGUGGUGAUUUGUAGUACUUAGGGAUGUGACAUUUUACUAUUGUGAUGCACAGCUGCAUAGAUACAGAUCACAAAGGAAUCAUGUUUUAUAAAGGCAAUUGAAAUUAGCAACCGCAAUUUGCAAUCCUUAUCUAUCUGCAUAUAUUACUAUAUGCACAGUGUAUGCAUCUGCUCAUUAAUGUAUUCUACUACAUAUACAUAUAGAUAUGCACUUGAAUGUACAGUCUGUCUGUCCUUGGUUAUGUAGUCAUUCUCAAUAAAUCAUGCUUAGUUUUCA